AUGGAUGUCCCCGCGGGCGCCGCCUGUCGUGAAGCGCUGCUGCGGCAGGCGCGGGAGCUCAAGGAGGAGCUCACGCGCAACAAGGCGCGCCUCUCUCAGGGCCAGCUGAGGAAGCGGCAGAGAAAGCUGAAGAGCAUCUACGACAGGGCGAGGGAGGCGGAGAGUUCUGGAGCAGCAGGGGACAGAACAAUUAACCAACCUUCUGGUGAAGUCAACACGAAAAUAAAAUCUGAAGCCGUGGGUCAACGGGUCCAUGAGAACGUCCUGCAGGGCGCUGGAACGUUUAGCCCCAAAAUUCCCACCUGUGCUGGGAAGCACCCCUUUGAGGCUCAAAACGCCAUCGGCACAGAAACCGCAGGCGCCGGCAGCACCACAGCAGCCAGCAUACAAUCGGUAGUCCACCACCUGCUGGCCCUGAAGCAAGAAGUGGAGUGGAAGGUUGACGCAGCCCUGUCGGAACUCUCUGUGGUCAUCAGCCAUGGCGGUGUCCAUGGCCCGGGGUCGAUCCUGGCAGAAGACAGUGCCAUGGUAGACACAUCGGCAGCAGGGUCCAAACCGUGGUCAGGCGCACAGAAGAAGCGAUGGAGGGAGGAACCUGUGGGUGUGGAUGAAAGGGAUAGCUGCAGAGACUUGACACCGCACCUGCAGCCUGCCAGGGCGAGUGGGGUGCUGCCCUGUGCGAAACGACGGUGCACGUCAGUGGACAGUGUGGGCCUUUGCACAGUGGCCUCUGUACCAAGCCCGGACUCCAGGCCUUGCCGUAAGGAUAUGUCGAUGAUGGUGUCUUUGCUGCGGCCUGGCAUCGAGACAGAAAUGUGUGGCGAUUCAUCUGUCACAGACUUGGGCUGGCGUCAGCGGGCUGCUUUUCCAUUUGGGAAUUACCACAAUUACUAUCAGUACCGUGUUGGAGAGGCCUUUGAUGAAGAUCCUAGGCUACAGGCUCUUAGACAAGAGUGGUUCAAAGGCCGUGACUGCAUUGACAUUGGCUGCAACGAGGGAGUGAUAACCAUUGCUUUGGCAUACAGAUUUCAAACAGGGAGCAUGCAUGGUAUUGACAUUGACAACUUCCUUGUAACGAAGGCAAUCAGGAACCUGCUGAACCUGCGGCAGCACAUCUCAAAGCGCCUCCGCGAUCGGGAUUACCAAGGUGAGCGGAAGGCGCUCGAGAGGGGCGCUGUGGCCCUGCGCAAUGUGUCCUUUGCAACCGACGAUUGGCUGGAGAACAGCGCAGGUGGCGAGGGGCUGUUCGACACCGUGCUGUGCUUGAGCGUCACCAAAUGGGUUCACCUGCAUAAUGGGGACAAGGGGGUGGAGAUGUUGUUCCGGAAGGCCUGGAUGGCCCUGCGGCCUGGAGGACACUUCAUAUUGGAACCACAGGAUUUGAAGUCGUACAGGCAGGCGAAGAGAAAGCAGGACAUGACCAUGGCUCUGUUUUGUGAUUUGAAGAUGCUACAUCUGAAGCCUGAUGACUUCCCCAAAUUUCUGAUUGACAAGAUCGGAUUCCGCCUUGUGCGCACACUGAGCGUGAAAAAGUCCAUACAGGGAUUCGACAGGCCCAUCCACAUAUUCGUGAAGCCUGACCUGCCGAUCACUGAUCAUCAGCGCCAAGAGAGAAAUGUUCAACCACCCUAG